AUGCGCCGACUCGGCCGCAAACAGAACGUGAAUAUAGGUGACGCAGUCGAAGAGGACGAGGACGAAGACAAUAUUGGAAUGACAGAAGAAGGCGUCUUUGGAGACGAAGACAAUUUCGAUUUGUGA